ACAGGCGGAAACCAGAACCUUCCUCUCCUGCAGACCCUGCAUCCAUGUGCAGAUGGUAGAAAACAAACUGGAGAAAGUAGAAUACGAAAGACAAAGGAGAGUAAAGAAGAGGAGUUUCAGAAGACUUUACAAGCAAAACGGCAGAAGACAUUGUUCAUAUGCCCUGAAUUCUGAAAAAACCUACUACCUAAAGGAUUGUAAAGAGGAGAAUCACAGGUGGAGUGGGGAUGCCUCGAAUGAAGACCGUGUUUCCUGCAGAUGUCCAGAAGCUGUUGGUGAUUAAAGAAGAGGUUCCCUCUGAGUGGAGCCCCAGUCUGGACCAGGAGGACCCAGAGCCCCUACACAUAAAAGAAGAACAGGAGGAACUCUGGACCAGUCAGGAGGGAGAGCAGCUUAAUGGACUGGAGGAGGCUGAUAUCACCAGGUUCCCAUUCACUGCUGUUACUGUGAAGAGUGAAGAUGAGGAAGAGAAACCUCAGUCUCCACAGCUUCAUCAAAGACAAACUGAGGACAACAGAGAGGCAGAGCCUUCAGCCAGCAGCUCAGCUACGCAGAUAAAAACAGAAACUGAUGGAGGAUCAGAACCUGCUGGGAACCUUGAUCCAGAUAGUCAUUUACAACCAGAUACUGAUGAAAAAGCUUCAGACUCUGAAGUCAGUAAAAAUAACUGUCAUGAACCUUUGUCAGAUUCUGAAGCUGAAACUGAAGACAGUGACAAUGGUUGGAAGGAGACCAGAGCACCUGAGUCAGGUGUAAAUGCUCUGAAAUAUAAGGAAGCUCCUGUAAGUGAUGCAGGAUGUAAUGCUGGGAAAGAAUCAUUUAGCUGCUCAGAGUGUGGUAAACGAUAUCACUACAAGAGGUCUCUUCAGAGACACAUCAUGUGUCAUUCAGGAAAAAGGUCCUCCAGCUGUCUGGUUAAUAAAAAAUCUUUUAGAAUGAAGCAAAAUGCAGAUUCACAGAUGAGAGUCCACACAGGAGAGAAACCAUUUAGCUGUGAUGUUUGUGGGGCGAGGUUUACUGUCCAGGGAAAUCUUAAGAGACACAAGACAGUCCACACAGGAGAGAAACCAUUUGGCUGUGAUAUUUGUGGGGGGAGAUUUACACAAAAGGGUUCUCUUAAGAAACACAUGAGAGGGCACGCAGGAGAGAAACACUUUGGCUGUGAUGUUUGUGGGAUGAGUUUUACAGAACAGGGUUCUCUGAAGAGACACAUGAGUGUCCACACAGUAGAGAAACCAUUUGGCUGUGAUGUUUGUGGGAUGAGAUUUAAAGUCCAGGAUUAUCUUAAGAGACACAUGAGAGUCCACAUGGGCAAGAAACCAUUUGGUUGUGAUGUUUGUGGGAUGAGAUUUAUAGUCCAGGGAAAACUUAAGACACACAUGAGAGUCCACACAGGCGAGAAACCAUAUGGCUGUGAUGUUUGUGGGAUGAGAUUUAUAGUUCAGGAAAAACUUAAGAGACAUAUGAGAAUCCACACAGGCGAGAAACCAUAUGGCUGUGAUGUUUGUGGGAUGAGAUUUAAAGUCCAGGGUUAUCUUAAGAAACACAUAAGAGUCCACACAGGGGAGAAACAAUUUGGCUGUGAUGUUUGUGGGAUGAGAUUUAAAGUCCAGGGUUAUCUUAAAAGACACAUGAGAGUCCACACAAGAGAGAAACCAUUUGGCUGUGAUGUUUGUGGGAUGAGAUUUACAAUCCAGGGAAAACUUAAGAGACACAUGAGAAUCCACACAAGCGAGAAACCAUUUGGCUGUGAGGUUUGUGGGAUGAGAUUUACAAUCCGGGGAAAACUUAAGAGACACAUGAGAAUCCACACAGGCGAGAAACCAUAUGGCUGUGAGGUUUGUGGGAUGAGAUUUAAAGUCCAGGGUUAUGUUAAGAGACACAUGAGAGUCCACACAGGAGAUAAACCAUUUGGCUGUGAUGUUUGUGGGAUGAGAUUUAAAUUCCAGUGUUAUCUUAAGAAACACAUAACAGUCCACACAGGAGAUAAACCAUUUGGCUGUGAUGUUUGUGGUAUGAGAUUUAAAGUCCAGCGUUAUCUUAAGAAACACAUGAGAGUCCACACAGAAUAGAAACUGUUUACCAAGCAUGUUUGUAAGAACUACAGCACAUCUCAUUGCCCUUGCUGUUUUUCUUGUGUAAAUUUUUUAAUGUUUAUAAUAAAGUAUUAUAGUUAAAA